CCGCCUCCCAGGCAGUUCACGGCCAUUCGCACUGGCCCCUCCGGGACACCGCUCCUGGGCCGCCCCGGUGCGGUCGCGUCGGCUCCCCUCUUCGCCGGCUCGGGGGCCGGCCCCGGUCCGCUCAGGAGCCUCGAGCGUCGCCCGGUUGCGCCGGCCCAGCCGGCCACUGGGCGCGCGGCGGGAGACCCGAGGCGAACCUGCGAGGGGCCGGAAGGGGGCUGUGGAUUUCGGUCCCUCCCCUUUCUCAGGCUCUAGGAGCGCUCGGACUCUCAGACCCUCCUCCUCCCAGGUAGAGGCCGGGAGAGGAGGGUGCAUCUCUCCUCCAGGCAUCCCGCCAUGGGCAAUGCUUCCAAUGACUCCCGGCCGGAGGACUGCGAGAGUCUGCAGUGGCUCCCCUCGGGCGAAAGCCCCGCCAUCAGCUCCGUGAUGUUCUCAGCCGGGGUGCUGGGGAACCUCCUCGCCCUGGCGCUGCUGGCACGCCGCUGGCGUGGGGACUCCGGGCGCAGCGCCAGCCGUCGGAACUCCAUCUCCUUAUUCCACGUGCUGGUGACCGAGCUGGUGUUCACCGACCUGCUCGGGACCUGCCUCAUCAGCCCCGUAGUGCUGGCUUCGUACGCGCAGAACCAGACCCUGGUGGCCCUGGCACCCAAGAACCGCGUGUGCACCUACUUCGCUUUCACCAUGACCUUCUUCAGCCUGGCCACGAUGCUCAUGCUCUUCGCCAUGGCCCUGGAGCGCUACCUCGCCAUCGGGCACCCCUACUUCUACCAGCGCCGCAUGACGCGCCGCGGGGGCCUGGCGGUGCUGCCCGCCAUCUAUGGCGUGUCGCUGCUCUUCUGCUCCCUGCCACUGCUCAGCUACGGCCAGUACGUCCAGUACUGCCCCGGGACGUGGUGCUUCAUCCGGCACGAGCCGACCGCGUACCUGCAGCUGUACGCCACCGUCCUGCUGCUCCUCAUCAUCGCGGUGCUCGCUUGCAACUUCAGCGUCAUCCUCAACCUCAUCCGCAUGCACCGCCGAGGCAGGAGAAGCCGCUGCGGGCCCUCGGGCAGCGGCGGGUGCGGCCCCAGCUCCCGCAGGAAAGGCGAAAGGGUGUCCGUGGCGGAGGAGACCGACCACCUCAUUCUCCUGGCUAUUAUGACCAUCACCUUCGCCAUCUGCUCCUUGCCUUUCACGCUUGGAAGCUUUACAAAUAAAAUGACAAAGAACUUUCUCUUCAUGUCAGCUCAAGGGGUCUAAGCUGAGGCCAGCUAUGUGAUUCCUUCUUCUUCUGCACAGACUUUUGAAAAAAAAGUUGAAACUGAGAUUUUAGGAGGUUGGCUAAUAUAAAUGCUAUUCUAAAUUAAGAGAUAAUCAAAUUACUCCUCCCAUUAAAAACUUCCAUUGGUAAAAUAUUUCUUAAGUGAUAAAAAAAAAAAAAAAGGCAUGUGGUGUUUGGGAAAUGACAUUAUUUUGGCUGUCCAAUAUGAAAUCAUGCAUGGGACUGACAACGUAUUCCAAACUGUUUAUUCUCUAAAGGGAUAUUGUAUAAAUUAAUAAAUUCCUCCUUAUGUUAAUCAGCUGUUGUCAUCAUUUCACAGAGAUAAAUAGAAACUUUCUUUCUUCCUGAAAUGGAACAGAACACAGAAAAUAUACGAGACCUCCAUUCCGGCCUCAGAUACUGUUUGCGUCUUAAUUUCCAAUCCCUAUCAAGCCACUUUCUCACCACUUUACUGAUUUGGAUAGCUUCCAGUCAUUUUAAACUGUUUUCCACAUGCCAUCCGGAUAAAGUGCUUAUACAUUUUAUUCAGUUCUAAAAUUUCAAGAGUGAACCUUGACUCAUUCUAAAAAUGUCUUCAUCUUCAGAAAUUCUUUAGGGUUGUAAUUUCUAGGUAAAUCUGAUUAGCAGAAAUCUGAUCUUUGCAAUACAGAACAAACUCAGGUAAACAGUACCAGAGUAUUUUUAUUCAUUCCUGGUACUCUUUAUGUAAAAUGCAUUAUAAAGGGAGGCUAAAAAGCUGACAUGACAUUGGCCAGUCACAUACAUGUGAAACACUGUCACGUGUGGCAUACGAUAGUUUAAGUCAGCAACAGACCACAGAUACCGUGGUGGUCCUACAAGGAGUGUAUAGGCCGUUCCAUAUAGCCCGGGUGUGUAACAAGCUAAACCACUUAGGUAUGUGUAAGUACAUUUUACAAUGGUCACACAAUGAUGACAUCGCCUAAUAAUGCAUUUCUCAGGAUGUACCCCUGUCAUUAAGUGACGCAUGACUGUUUAAUCAUUCUGGUAGGAACGCAAGGGAGAUCCAGAAUUCUCUGUGCAUAACCACAGUGACCUUUGCUUGGUGAUAUUUUAAGUUAAUGUCUAUGAACAACUAGAAAGCCCUUUAUUAUUCAAGCAUCAUUAAUGAUGUGUUUGGGGAUUGUCAAGACAGUUUUGGUACACAUUACCUUUUAAAAGGAAGUUCUUCUACAUAAGUACUUUCACUUGACAUCUUUUAAUUUGCCAUUUGAUUUUAUGAAAUGGUAAUUGUGAAUAAAGACACAGUUACACUGCUUUUUUAAGUUUAGACAGUAAGAACCAUAGUUCAUUUCUCAAAAGAGAAGUUGUGCACUGUAUCUAUACCCUUGGUCAAGCGAAUCCUCACUGCUGUUUAAGAUAGUUCAGGCCAGGGACCAGCGGUUAG